AGAAUCCUUGGGAAGCCUCUACCCCCCAUUGAAGUUGACAUUUAAAAUAGUUAAGGUAAGGGCAAGGGUUAGGUAAGGCUUAUGGUUAAUGUUAAGGUUUACGAUAUGGACGUCCCAAGGAUCCUUUAUUGCACUGACUGACCGAUCCUAGAGUGGAGCGCAAGCGAAAGGCACAAGAGAGAGAAUGAAAAAAACUGCGUAGCGAACAGUUAGAAAGAGACGGGAGAGGUUCAUUUUCUGGGUCGUGCGUACGUUGCGGAGCUUUCCCUUACUUUUAUGCAAAAGACAACUCAAUUGAUCGUCCUGUCAAGCUGAGUAACAGUGUGUUGUCCAGUCCAAGCAGAGAUUAAACCUGUAAGGUUUGGGGUGCUCCUCUUCAUAAUAUCCUGCUAUUACAUGGUAGCAAAGACCUGAAGACAAGAGGGUGUGUAAGAUGGCAGUGUGGAUCCAGGCCCAGCAGCUCCAGGGGGAUGCGCUGCACCAGAUGCAGUCUCUCUAUGGACAGCACUUCCCCAUCGAGGUGCGCCAUUACCUGUCCCAGUGGCUCGAGGGCCAACUCUGGGAUGUGAUCGAUCUGGAGAACCCCCAGGAGGAGUUUAAGGCCAAGCGUCUGCUGGACAGCCUGAUCCAGGAGCUGCAGAACAAGGCUGAGCAUCAGGUGGGAGAGGAUGGCUUCCUGCUCAAGAUCAAACUGGGACACUACGCCAGCCAGCUCAAGAGCACGUAUGACCGCUGCCCUCUGGAGCUGGUGAGAUGCAUCAAACACAUCCUGUACACGGAGCAGAGGCUAGUCCGAGAGGCCUCUAAUUCGAGCUCCCCAGUGGGAGGGAUGAUGGACAGCAUGUCCCAGAAGUACCAGCAGAUCAACCAGGUAUUCGAGGAGCUGCGCUUGCUGACCCAGGACACAGAGAACGACCUGAGAAAGCUCCAGCACAACCAGGAGUACUUCAUCAUCCAGUACCAGGAGAGCCUCCGCAUCCAGGCCCAGUUGACCAGCCUGGCCACACUGCCCCCUGCUGACAGACAGCUGAGGGAGCCCACAUUACUGAGCAAGAGAGCCACCGUGGAGGCCUGGCUCACCCGGGAGGCCAACACACUACAGAAAUACAGACUGGACCUGGCAGAGAAGCACCAGAAGAGCCUGCAGCUACUGAGGAAGCAGCAGACCAUUAUCCUGGAUGACGAGCUGAUCCACUGGAAGAGACGGCAACAGCUGGCCGGCAACGGGGGUCCUCCAGAGGGGGGGCUGGACAUCCUGCAGUCCUGGUGUGAGAAGUUGGCAGAGACGAUCUGGCAGAACAGGCAGCAGAUCAGGAGAGCAGAACACCUGAGACAACAGCUUCCCAUCCCCGGCCCCAUCGAGGAGCUACUGAACGACCUCAACAGCACCAUCACAGACAUCAUCUCAGCACUGGUCACCAGCACCUUUAUCAUAGAGAAGCAGCCUCCCCAGGUGCUGAAAACCCAGACCAAGUUUGUUGCCACAGUGCGUCUCCUAGUGGGCGGGAAGCUCAAUGUGCACAUGAACCCCCCGCAGGUCAAGGCCACCAUCAUCAGUGAACAGCAGGCGAAGGCCUUGCUCAAGAACGAGAACACCAGGAAUGACAGCAGUGGAGAGAUCCUUAACAACAACUGUGUGAUGGAGUACCACCAGGCCACAGGAACACUCAGCGCCAACUUCAGGAACAUGUCUUUGAAGAGGAUCAAGCGCUCGGACCGGCGAGGGGCGGAGUCUGUGACAGAGGAGAAGUUUACCAUUCUGUUUGAGUCUCAGUUCAGCGUCGGGGGUAAUGAGCUGGUCUUUCAGGUUAAGACGUUAUCACUUCCUGUGGUGGUGAUCGUCCACGGUAGCCAAGACAAUAACGCCACGGCAACAGUGCUGUGGGACAACGCUUUUGCCGAACCCGGUCGGGUGCCCUUCAUAGUGCCUGACAAGGUGCUGUGGCCCCAGCUGUGUGAGGCCCUCAACAUGAAGUACAAGGCAGAGGUGCAGAGUAACCGUGGCCUCUCAGAGGAAAACCUGGUCUUCCUGGCCCAGAAAGCCUUCAGUAGCUCCAGCAUCAACCCUGACGACUACCGCGGCAUGACCAUGACCUGGUCCCAGUUCAACAGGGAGAGUCUGCCUGGCAGGAAUUUCACAUUCUGGCAGUGGUUUGAUGGGGUCAUGGAACUCACAAAAAAACAUCUCAAACCACACUGGAAUGAUGGGGCGAUCCUGGGAUUUGUGAACAAGCAGCAGGCCCAGGACAUGUUGAUGUCCAAACCCAAUGGGACCUUCCUGCUCCGCUUCAGCGACUCUGAGAUCGGAGGGAUCACUAUCGCCUGGGUGGCUGAGAAUCCCAACAAACCAGGGGAGAGGAUGGUGUGGAACCUCAUGCCCUACACAGCCAAAGACUUCUCCAUCCGCUCUCUGGCUGACCGCAUCAGUGACCUCAACCACCUCCUGUUUCUCUACCCAGACAGACCCAAGGAUGAGGUCUUCUCCAAAUACUACACGCCACCCCUGUCCAAAGCAGUGGAUGGAUACGUGAAACCGCAGAUCAAACAAGUGGUACCAGAGUUCACCACGACCAAUCCUGACCCAGCAGCAAACCCCACCUACAUGGAUCACGGAGCCUCCCCUGUUGUCAGUCACCCUCCAAACUACGGCAUAUACCCGCCUAUGAGUGACUCCAUGUUAGAUGCAGACGGUGACUUUGACCUGGAUGACACCAUGGACGUGGCGCGACACGUUGAGGAGCUGCUGCGGCGACCGAUGGAGAGCCAAUGGAGCGGCCAGCAGUCGUGACCCUCAAUCUCUGACCCCUGACACCAACAAAAGAACCCCGCACCUUUUGACAUUUCUGAUGGUUUAAUUCCAUUCCUUUCCUCCUGUUUUAUUUCAGAUAGCUAUAAUGUGAAAUGUUAAUAAUGUUUGUGAAUCUUUUUUUCUUUUUUUCUUCUCAGCAAGCGAACUGCAUGUCAGUGACCUUUUUUCAGUUUGUCUCGGUGCGUAUCUGUGAAACAGACUAGGUAUAAAUGCAAAAAAGACGAUGUUACAGUAUUGUAUAAAAAAAAAAUCAUUCAAU